AUGUUGAAGGCCUCCGUCGCGAUCUCCGAGGGCCCGAAGCUGGUGGGCGCUGCCAUUGCCGGGGGCAAGCCUGCAUACAUCGGGGUCUUCUACGAUUCGAAAGUGGCUCGCCAGGCGUCGAGCCGCCCCCGCGCCCGCAUUGCUUACCUCCAGAACAAUCACAUGAAGAAAUUGGUAGGUGCGGCGCUGGCCGCGUUCCCGCCUGGUGGCGAUGAUGAGAACACCCCCGAACUCCCAGACAAGGUCGCCUGGUUUGUUUGCGACGCUGGCAAGCAGGGGUCCGAGGCCUCGCUCAUGGACAGUUUCAGGACCCCAGCGGGCAAACAACUGAAGAAAGAUAAACACGUUGUCUACAUCAACUACAGCGAGGAGUCCAUCAUGACCAGGUUGAAGGUCACGCUGGACUCAACCCCGUCCCUCUGCCCCGUCAAAAGAAAGAACACGGCUGGGGCGAUGCAAGUGGAGAGGAUGUUCAUUCUCACGAGGAAGCCGCUCGUCAUAGAGGACAAAACACGUUUGCACUACAGCGGGACCAGCAAUGGUGAGCACAUAUUCGUGGGGUGGAGGGCCCAUGACAACCCUUCGCUGUGGACGAUGAAGCGCAAGGAUAAGAAGAUGAUAAUCGGGAAAAAAGAAAUCGCCUUGAUGGGGGGGCCAGGCGAGGACACCCAGGAGGAUAAGAACCUUGACAAGUUAGAUGCCCUUUCCCAGACGCCCGAGACGGUGGAGCCCGUUUUCUGGUUCGCGCCCCCGCCCCAGCUCUCCGACGAGUGGAAGCACGACUUCAAUUUGAAAUCGAUUGUCGCCUUGACGCUAGGCGACGCGAGCCUCGCCAUGACGGCGAUCCGCUUCAAGGUGCCGUAUUGCGGGAUCGCCCUGAACGAGGAGCACAUGAAGGGGGCCUAUGACUACCUGUACCGCGAGACCAUGAAGGCCUACAUGCAGGAGGGGGACCCGUGCUACAACCCUGAGUUCGCCAACCUGGUGCUCAAGAACAACGCCCAGGCCAGCGAGGGCAAGCCCGACGACAAGAAGGAUCCUAAGAAGACGGGGAAGCGCAAGAAGGGGGCGGCCGCUGCUGAAGGCGGCGAUGGCGGUGACGACGAGGGCGCCGGCACUGAGAACCUGGUGGAUAAGAUCCGCAGGCUCGCCGCGAAGGGUGGCAAGGACGCCAAAUGCAGCAGGGGCGGCAAAGAGAGCACCGCGAAGGACAAGAAGGGUGUCGACGACGACGGCGAGGACGAGGACGAGGAGGGCAAGGCUUUAAGGGACCCGGGGUACUCUGGAUUACAGGCCGACUGGGACAUUUUGGAGCUUGCGUAUGGGUAUUCUUUUUAUUCCCUCAGUGUUCCAGAGAUCCCCGAGGAUCGGCCGAAGUCGGCCUCGAAGUUUUUAGAGACCUUCAGCACCGACCAGUAUGCCACGGAGUCCUGGGAGCCGCGCGGCUGGGACCCUGGCGAGGCUGGGGCAAGCUUGGACCUGGCCGCACCGGGCGGGGGCGCCGUGGCGCCGAGCACCGAAGCUCGCGACGUGGGACACGCCGAGGCGGGCGGCUCCAGCGACGGGGAGGCGGCCGACGCCGAGGACCUCCUGUCGCUGCGGGACGUGUUCCGGGCCUGCGACGCCAACGGCGACGGCACCAUCAACCUGAGGGAGCUCAUCAAGGCCUGCCGCCAGCGCCCUGAGGUCGCGGCCUUCUUCGGCCUGCCGUCGGAGAUCCACCAGGAGGGCGCCUCCCGGAAGGCGGUCAUGGAGUUCUUCCAGGGCGCCGAUCGCAAUGACGACCGCGAGAUCACGUGGGAGGAGCUCCGCCAGUUCUACCGCGAGCGCCGGCCAGUCGGCGUGAGCCCCCAGCGGUCCAGCACCUCCGGCGGCGGCGGCGGCCGCAGGGACGCCGAGGGCAGCCCGCCGCACGCCCAGCCGCGCCCGCCGCCGCAGGGCGCGCUGCCGCCACCCCUGCGGCCGCCCGCAGCGGAGGCCGCAGACGCGCCCGCGUUGGAGGACGGCGGGCCGCAAGGGUCGGGCGGAAGCCGGCCGCCGAGCGAGGGGCCCCGCGCGGGUGGCGCCGCCGCGUACCCUGUGAGCGAGGAGAGGGCGCGGCGACCUCCGCCAGGGACUCGCGCCAAACGGCCUCGGCGGCCCUCGCGGCUGCCGCGCCCGCGCUCGCGCCUCCGAGGCGCGCGUGGCGGCCCGCCGGCGGCAGCGCGGAGCUGUACCAGCAGCGGCAGCCGAGGAGAGCGGGGGCGGCGGGCCGCUGCCCAGCAGGCAGGCCUCGCCGUGGCCGGGCGCGGCCGGCGGCGGGCUGGACGCGGGGCGGCAGCGGCGGGAGCCGCUGCGUGGCGACCUGGUCAGUCACAGGGGCGCGGCCUGCCUGCUGCUGGAGAUCAGGAGACGAGCGGAGCGGCGAACGAAAAGCCCUACGCCGUCCUGCAGACUGUCGACGGGCGCGUCCGGGUGGAGACAGACCUCAGCAAGCUUUCGCUCAUGGCGGAGACAUUUU